AUGGUCAACCUCCACGAGUCCCUCAAGGCCCUUGCCCCAUGCAAGUUCUCGGACAUCCCGCAGAAGCAUGAAGAGCUAGAGCCCUUCUUGUCCGACCUCUUCUCCCAAGUCCAGACGAUAGUCGAGUCCAUACCCAUUCCAGACCCUGAUCCCACGCACCGACAUCGCUCACAUACCACGGGCUCAAUCACUGCCAACAAUGCCUCUGAAAUGUUCAUGUCGUCUGCGCGGAGCCCUCCUCCAGCCCCAGAAUAUGCAGCUCUACAACAUGAGUGGGGGAAGCCGGUAAAGCUCGCGGCGAAAGAAAACCCAUUGGGUAUAGCUGUCUACAAGCUGUCCAGCAAGGACGGAAAAGGCUCGUGGUUUGCUCGAAGGAGUGUGCAUGAGGGGCUGGGCUUCAAUCGCUUUAAGCACGGCUUUCAACGGGAGUUUCCUACUUCGCUCGCUGUUCAAGGUAAACCUGGUGAAGGAAACAUCAGAGGGAUAGGCGCAGAAACCAGGGUCGAGGAAAUCACGGUGCCAAAUCGUGGAAAGAUCGAAGUAUAUCGCCUCAGUGCACAAUUCCCAGGUCCGACCACUCCGCGUGAUUUUGUCACUCUUCUGGUCACAUCAUCCAAGGCAAUUAAGCACCAUGGGGACUCUCAUAAAAUGCCUGAUCUGGUCCCACGGCAUUACAUGAUCAUUUCUAAACCAUGUGAUCACCCCGAGACGCAGCCUCAGAAUGGCUUCAUUCGUGGCCAGUAUGAAUCGGUAGAGUUCAUUCGCGAGGUUCCCAGAAAGCUCAAAUCCACCAUGUCGUCGACAGAUUUGGGUCAUUUGAGCCACCAUCCAGCACCUUCGCCGUCGCUUGAGAGAGAUGUCUUAAGACACAACGCAGAGAAGCACGCGACGGAUGCUGACCCGCACCACCAGGACGAUCAGAGGCACUUGAGAGUCGAUAGCCACGGCUCGGGACUCAGGGAGAUGUCCCCAGGACGCAGGAAAAGAAGCGUUACAGUCGAUGCACCUGCGAGCCCCAUCAAAACCCAUGAUCCUGCUGAACCCUUCGAUCCAGAAGAGAACCCGGUUGAAUGGAUCAUGGUUACUCGAAGCGAUCCAGGGGGCAGCGUCCCGCGGUUUAUGGUGGAGAGGGGAACUCCCGCAAGCAUCUGUGCAGACGCUCUGAAGUUCCUGGACUGGGCAUGUCAGAGAGAAGACGAGGAGGAGGACACUGACAAGCCCGAACAUCGGCCAUUCGGCCGGCGGCGUGAAAGCUUUGCCAGCUGGGAAGCCAACGGCACGCUUGCCGGGAUUAGGGAGCACGAAGAGAGUCUUCAAGCCAUUGGGGAGUCUCCACCUGGAACACCCAAGGCGUCCGCUGCUCAUGUACAAAAGUCCGAGCCUGAUACAGUUGAAUCUGCGCCAGAUACGCCAGCUUCCUCUUCCAGUUUGUUGAAUACUGUGACGGAGGCCAUCAGCUCGUAUACUCCGCAGACAGUUCGCGACCAUCUACCUCAAAUUGGGAAUCACGAGGUCGAUGGCCAGCACGAGAUAACCAAGGAAGACAUACAGCAAGGGGAUAAUCCGGAUGGCGACAAUGAUGACGCGUCCACCAUUUCAACCACUUCAUUUGCCUCUGCCGAUUCGCACCUGACGUCCGAGGAAUCCCCUUCAAUUUCUUCCAAGUCCCUCUCAGAGCAGACGGAAAGUCAGCUACUGCAGCAGCAUGACAAAGAAAUGGCCAAACUCUCGGAUCGCAGGGCUGCGGUCGAUGCCAAAUUUGCAAAGCAACGUGAAAAGCUUACGAGCCAAACCAGUAAAGACACGGAAAAAGAACAACACGCUCUGAAGAAGGCCGAAGAGAAACACCAGCGUGAGCUCAAGAAGCAUGAAGAGAGGUAUCACAAAGAAGUCGCCAAAUUGGAAGAGAAAAGGAAGAGGGAGGCGAAGAAACUGGAGGAGAAGAAACGCAAGCAGGUUGACAAGGACGAAAAGUCACGUUUGACUAGAGAACGGGACGAGGCAAGGGCCGAGCUGGAGCUGCUGAAAAAGGAGCAAGAAUUGCUUACCCGCCAGAUCGGGGAACUGCAGAGAGAGAACACGGCGCUGACAGCCCGGAUAGGGAAAUCCGAAGGAAGUGGAGUGUCAAUCGACACUCCGUCCAGUCCCAACAAUAGGUUCAGAGCAAUGACGCUGGGACACGAGAAUCGCGGGAGGAGUUCGAGUCUGAUGAAUCGGAGGAAGGACAAGGGAGACGCAAGUAGCCAGCAUUCGUGA